AUGCUGGUAUUUCGGAGAGUUGAGUCAUGCUGGUAUUUCGGAGAGUUGUUCUAUCGUUACUAUGCUGUAUGCCAUCCACUCCUGUAUAAAUCUAAGAUGACCAUUUCUACUGUUGGAAUAAUGACUUCCAUUAGCUGGAUUGUAUCAGCUAUAUUUGGCUAUAUAGUAGUCUUCCAAGAGUUAAACCUUUUAGGAAUGCAGGCAUUGGAUAACAUUGUUGUUUGUGAGGGUAGCUGCAUUGUAUUGCAUAGUUUGCUAUCAAGCUCCUUUUCAGCUGCUUUGUCAUUCUACAUCCCUGGUAUGAUAAUAGUCAGUAUAUAUUUAAAAAUCUUCCUUGUAGCGCAGGAACAGGCACGAUCAGUUCAAAUCAUGAAUGCCACUAGGAAGUCGUCACUGACUAGAAUGGAGAGGAAGGCGACCAAAACCCUUGCCGUUAUAAUGGGUGUAUUUCUGUCAUCAUGGAUACCCUUUGUUCUUGUUUUUACAAUUGAUCCAUAUAUUGAUUAUAAAACUCCACCGUUAGUAUUUGAUUUAGUCACCUGGAUUGGAUAUCUAAAUUCAACAUUUAAUCCUGUGGUCUAUGCAUAUUUUUAUAGUUGGUUCAGGCAUGCAUUCAAAAUCAUUAUGUCGGGUAAAAUAUUUCAAAACGGCUCCUCAAGAAUUCAGCUGUUUUCAGUCUGA